GGGAAAGAAUGUUUGGUAAUGCAGAAAUGAAAAUCGUUUGGUGUUAUUAAUAAUAAACUUUCGGUGUCGUCAUACUUCCAUGCCCAUAUCUAUAAGCAGCCUUGGUUCUUUUCCAAGGUUUUGAUCAAAGCCAUGACUAAACCUCCUCCAUUUUCUCUCCCGGCUUUUGACUGCUUCCUUUUGUUCUUCUUCUUCUUCUCCUUCUCAUCCGUUGUUUUAGCACUCACGGACGCAGAAGCCUCAUUCAUUGCGCAACGACAGCUCUUGACAUUACCCGAGGAUGGCGAUCUUCCAGAAAAUAUUGAGUAUAAGGUCGAUAUCAAGUUGACAUUUCCGAAUCAGAGGCUUAAGAGAGCUUAUAUCGCUCUACAAGCAUGGAAAAAAGCUGUCUAUUCAGACCCAUUUAACACCACGGGGAACUGGCAUGGUCCGCACGUGUGUGACUAUACAGGCGUGGUCUGCGCACCAGCACUUGAUGAUCCUAACAUCGCAGUUGUGGCAGGGGUAGAUCUUAACGGUGCAGAUAUUGCUGGACAUUUACCAGCUGAGCUUGGUUUAUUGACGGAUGUGGCUAUGUUCCAUUUGAAUUCGAACCGGUUCUGUGGUAUCAUCCCCAAAAGUGUCAGUAGGUUGAAGCUAAUGCAUGAGUUCGAUGUCAGUAACAAUCGGUUUGUUGGACCUUUCCCUUCUGUCGUCCUCUCGUGGCCGGCUGUUAAGUUCAUCGACGUAAGAUUCAACGAUUUUGAAGGAAAAGUUCCUCAGGAGCUUUUCAAGAAGGAUCUUGAUGCGAUUUUCUUGAAUAACAACAGAUUCACUUCCACCAUUCCUGAGUCACUCGGAGAAUCCUCAGCCUCUGUCGUGACCUUCGCUCACAACAAUUUCAACGGUUGUAUUCCUAAAAGUAUUGGAAACAUGAAAAAUCUUAACGAAAUCAUCUUUAAGGAUAACAAACUUGGAGGUUGUUUUCCGUCAGAGAUCGGAAAGCUAGCCAAUGUGAACGUUUUUGACGCUAGCAUGAACUCAUUCACCGGUGUUUUACCACAGAGUUUUGUGGGGCUUAUUGGAGUAGAAGAGAUUGAUAUCUCUGGGAAUAAACUCACCGGGUUUGUGCCGGAGAAUAUAUGCAAGUUACCUAAGUUAAAUAACUUGACCUAUGCAUACAAUUACUUCAAUGGACAAGGUGAUAUGUGUGUCCCAGGUAGUCAGAAGGAUAUUGCAUUUGAUGAUACACGUAACUGCUUGCGAGAUAGGCCUAAACAACGGUCGGCAAAGGAAUGUGCAGUAGUGAUUAGUCGUCCUGUUGACUGUAGUAAGGACAAGUGCGCUGGUGGUGGUGGUUCUAGUCCCACUACACCGUCAAAGUGGACACCACCAUCACGGGUGCCAACUAGGCCGGUACGCAAACCACGACCAUCAAAAGAAUCACCAAAACCAAAUGCCCCACAGAAUCAGUCUCCUGUGAAUUUUAAACGUAGCCCACCUCCACCAAUUGUUCUUUCUCCUCCUCCCUCACCGCUAGUGCAUUCUCCACUACCACCAGUCCAUUCUCCACCACCACCGGUCCAUUCUCCACCACCACCACCGGUGCAUUCACCACCACCACCGGUUCAUUCUCCACCACCACCGGUUCAUUCACCACCACCACCACCACCACCACCAGUGCCUUCUCCACCACCACCGGAGCCUUCUCCGCCACCACCGGUGCAUUCUCCGCCACCACCGGUCCAUUCACCACCACCACCGGAGCCUUCUCCGCCACCACCGGUACAUUCUCCUCCACCACCGGUCCAUUCACCACCACCACCGGUCCAUUCUCCACCACCACCAGUCCAUUCUCCUCCACCACCACCGGUCCAUUCUCCUCCACCACCGGUCCAUUCACCAUUACCACCCGUCUAUUCUCCACCACCACCGGUCUAUUCUCCUCCACCACCGGUCCAUUCACCACCACCUCCUGUGCAUUCACCACCACCACCUCCUGUGCAUUCACCACCACCACCGGUGCAUUCACCACCACCACCACCACCUGUCCAUUCUCCACCACCACCUGUCCAUUCUCCACCACCACCAGUCCAGUCUCCACCACCACCGGUCUAUUCUCCACCACCACCACAUGUCUAUUCACCACCACCGCCGGUCCAGUCUCCACCACCGCCGGUCUAUUCUCCACUACUACCGCUGGUCCAUUCACCUCCACCACUGGUCCAUAAACCGCAAACACCAAACGAGUCACCCGAACCAAAUGACCCAUUUGAUCAGUCUCCAGUGAAGUUCAGGCGUAACCCGCCUCCGCCACAACAAUCACACCCAGUGGAUUCUUCUCCGUCUCCCUUUCACUCUCCUCCACCACCUAUAUAUUCUCCGCCGCCAGCACCGGUCCAAUCUCCACCAGAAACACCGGUCAACUCUCCUCACCCACGAGCACCUACACGGACAGUGGAAGCACCACUUCCAAGUGAAGAAUUCAUCAUGCCAACAAUCAUUGGCCACCAAUAUGCAUCGCCCCCACCUCCAAUGUUUCCGGGCUACUAAUAUUAGAGAGACACAAGUUGAUCUUGUGAAUCACGUCGUGAGAAAAGAAAAGAAAACCGGAAAAAGAUGAGGUAAGACAGAAGAAGAACAAAGAAGGAGGCAAUGUAUCGUAGUGGCAUUAACUCCUUACAAGGAAUUGUAUAAUGUUUGUGUAGUAACAGUUCAGAACUUUUUUUGGUCCAUGAAAGAUUUUUACAAUUUUUUUUGGUAAACUGUUAAAUUAUACCAAUUUUUGAAUUUGUGACUCAUUACGUGAACAAAAUGUGGAAUGCGAUAACGAAA